AUGAACGGACCGGACAGUUCGAAGAAUUCUUCCACUAAACCUUCCUUACCUCUCAAAGCUAGCAAAAAGCUUUCCGACACCUCAUCAUCGUCACCAGUCAUUGUGGCAACCCCGUCCGUGAAGUCCGACCCGGACGACAUCUCUCUGCACGAGCCAAAAAUGGAUUCUUCACAAGAGACUGUCGAGGCUCAUGUGGCUGAUACAGCUCAUACUACCGAUGAGAAGCAGGCUGCUGUCUCUGUAGAGCAUUCUGAGGUGCCCAAGUCUGAGCUAGUCGUUGCGAAGAAGAAGAGUGUCAGCAGGCGAGGGAAACGCGCAUCAAAGAAGUCAAAGCGUAAAGUAGAAGACACGUCUGCGUCGGACGCUAGUGGCUCUGAGAGCGACAGUGAAUCGGAAGAGAGUAGUGAGGAUGAGAAAGCCAAGCGUAAGAAGAGGCGGAAGUUGGCCGCGAAACGAGCAGCAGCGAAGAAGAAGCAACGGGCGAAGGCGAAGAGCAAGAAGAGCAAGAGCAGGAAGCACGAUUCAGCAAGCGAGGAUCAGAGUUCGGCUGAUACUUCCGACUCAAGUUCGGACUCAGAUUCAGAGGCAGAUGACAAGAGCCGUCGGAAGGCCCUGCGAGCCAAAGCCAAAAAGAAGAAGAACAAGAAGCUAGAUAGCUCUAGCGAUGACAGUACCUCUGACACUUUGAGCUCAUCCGACAGCGAGUCGGAUUCUGAGGAUGAGAAAUCGAGACGUAAACGCGCAAAGGGGAAAGCCAAGCGGAAGGCAAAGAAAACAAAGAAGGCUGAAUUGUCUGAAUUUUCGUCAAUGACAUCGUCUUCCGAGGACGAUCUCCUUGUGCCGACCCCGCCGCCAGAGCCUCCGUUACCAGGAGAUACCCUUGACACACAAGUAACCAAAGUAAGUGGUCUGCUCAACAGUCUCAAGGCGCAACAAGCUUCUCUCAAUGCUGCUGCUGCCGCUGCCGCCGUAUCUACUACGAAGCUCGACAAGCCAGUCAAGAAAAACGCCCUCGAGUUCAAGCGCGUCGACCAGGUUUUCGACAUGAAGAUACGCGAUUGGAAACUCGUUGAGAGUAACGCCGACCAAAAAGAUGAGUUUGACUGCGUGUUCACCGUGCGCAGAAGACUCAACUGGGAAGGCAAGUAUCAAGAGACACAACUGGACAUCAAAUCCAAGUUACUUCGCAACGCACUCCAGGAGGUUUUCAAGGACUGCAAGAGCAUCAGCCUGGUGGAAGACAUACCGCAGAUUGACCCUCACACGCUGUUCCACUACUACGACGAAUUGAAGACCUACAUCAAGAAGACGCUGAAGCCAAAGCUGAAGAAGGCAAAGAAGUCGAAAGAGCAGAAGCGCGUCAAACAGCAGAUUGCAUCGUGCAAACUGCUUCUGAGUUACAUUGAUGAGGAUUACACUGCGACGCGCAAGGCUCUCCGGCCCAUGCUCAAAGCGGGUACGAUCACGUACGACCUCGUUUGGGCAUUGUUCAAGCCUAACACGAUCGCCUUCACUCCCACGUAUCACAACAAGGACGAUCCGCGAUGCUUCAAGGUCGAGACCGCGUAUGAGUACGAGAGCUGGAUGACAGGAGUCAAGUCGUGGUAUGUAGAUGGCAAGUAUCUAGAGUAUGACGGCAAGUCGUUUGGUCUUGGAGACCAUCAGAUUACGAUACAGGCGUUCAAGGGCCACAAGAAGAUUACCAGUCUCUCCGCUUAUCCAUUGAAGUACCACAAAGAUCCUGAGAGCAUCAAGAAGCAACUCGUCGACCGAGGCAAGAAGUUCGUCGCCCUCCAAGGCAUGAACUACCGCCUCCAGAAGGGCAUCGCGUACAUGAAGCACAAGAACAACAUCAUCCGCUUCAUCAUCAAUGGCCGCGUCAUGGUCGAUCCCGCCAUCUUUCGCCGCAUCAAUCCCAACUAUCCGCUCUCGUACCUCAAACAAGACGAGCUUGCACAGAAUGAGGAAAACAAUGACGACGAUGACGAUAGUGACGACUGCUGCUGUGGGUCUGACGAGGGCGAAGAAGACGAGGAGAAAGACAAGAUGCGCAUCGUCAUGUGGAAGGACAAGAAGGGCAAGAAACACCCCAUCCGCGUGCCACAAAGCGUCAUCGACAAGGAAAAGGGCGACAGCCCCGACAAGCAAGUCGAGACCGACGAAGACGGGGCAGAGAACAAGCAGCAAUGCUUCACCGAAGAAGAGUUGCUCAUUGCCUCUCCGGUGGUCCUCGGAUUCGCCUUCUCCGAGAAACUCUGGCUCGAAUUCUCGCUCGCCGGCAUCGACGACAUCAAGUGGAACGACGAAGCCUUCUCCAGCCUCGUCCUGCCCAGCCGCAUCAAGCAGAAUCUCAAAGGGCUAGUCUCGUCCCACCGCUUCAACGCCGCAAAGACAAUCGACGAUGUCAUCCAAGGCAAAGGCAAAGGCCUUAAUGUGGUUCUCCACGGCCCACCCGGUGUAGGUAAAACGCUGACCGGCGAAUCCAUCGCCGAGUACCUCAAAUGCCCACUCUACGCCGUCUCGGCAGGCGAACUAGGCACCAACAGCCGCUCACUCGAAACCGAUCUCAACCGUAUAAUGGAUAUCACGCACUCUUGGGGCGCUAUCCUCCUCCUCGACGAAGCAGAUGUUUUCCUCGAAGCACGCCAACCCCACGACAUCCACCGCAACAGCCUCGUAUCGGUGUUCCUGCGUUUAACGGAGUACUACCAAGGCAUCCUCUUUCUCACAACAAACCGCGUGGAAACCUUCGAUGAAGCAUUCCAGAGCAGGAUCCACAUGGGUAUUCGAUACGACAACCUGGAAGCCAAGGCGAGGAAGAAGAUCUGGCAGCACCAUAUCGGCAAGGUGGAGCAGAUGGGUCGUGACGCCGAGGCCGAGAAGAAGAAGGGCAAGGAUAAAGACAGUGACGAGGAGGGUACUGCGAAGGAGGGGAAAGAAGAUAAAGGUGGGAAGGUCAUGAAGCCGUUUACCGAGGUGGACUUUGAUGAGCUGAGUAAGAGGAGUAUGAAUGGGAGACAGAUUAAAAACACGGUCAAGACAUCGCAGUCGAUUGCGCUUGCGGAGAAGUCGGUCUUUAGUAUGGAGCACGUUAAGCGUGUGCUUGAGGUUGCCGAGGCUUUCGAGGAUGAUAUGCGCGGUGGUGGGGGUUAUCGUGAUGCGAAGAGGAUGUAUACCUAA